AUAAAGGCUGUCAUCCAUGUGCAACAAGCUCAAAAGGAAAAAGGCUCUAAGGAAGUAUACAUUUUCAAGUUCUUAUAUUGUUUCAUGGUGUUUGUUACAAAAACUCUUGGCUGCACCGUGCUUUUCCUGGAGUUGUUGACCCAGCAAGGCCUGCCUGUUCCACCACCCAGACCGGCUGAGGCAGGGCCGCCCACGGGCCCAGUGCUGAGGACCAGGACGCGGCCAUGCUCCCCCCUUCCGAGCCGCCGUCCUGCUCCAUGGAAGCGGCGAUGUGUCCCGUGUACCUGCACACCAAGAAAGGCAAAAGGCGAAGGGGCAGCUUGGAGGCAGCUGUAGUCCAGAGCUUAGCCCUGGGGGUGACGUGCACGACUGCAGCCUACCCCAGCUGGGUUGUGGUCAGAGUCGACUCGCUCCAUUUUGUGCUGGGCAUUAUCUGUGUCCUUAAUCACACAGAGCCCUCUUCCAACUGCCACUUCGUGGGCCGUGCAGGACUCGCCUUUAUGAGCUUGACAGCUCUCUGCUGCCUGCUGGCCCUCCUCAGCAGCUGCGGGGCCAUGCUGCUCGACAUCCUGGGGCUGAAGCUGGGCAGGGUGACUGCCCCUUUCCUGCAUGGCCUCGUUGUCCUGUUCACUGCCAUGGCAGUGCUCUCGUCCUGUGGUCUCUGGGCAUUGACGAGGCACGGCCUCCGCACCGCAGAGCGCCCACAGCUCUUAGGCCACUCCUCGGUCUUUGGCUCAAGCUUCUACUUCUGUAUCCUUGCUUGUGCCCUAGCAGUCAUUGCAACUGGCUGGAGCUACACCGCCUGGGCACACGCUGAUCUUUCUGUGACCCUCUGCCUCACCAGCACCAGUCGGCAGCAGACACACCGGGUCCCUGUGGAUGAGCACGACAGCGCUAACAACAUACACUGCUUUGAGACUGGCCUACCCCUGGCCGCAUGCGUUGCCUUCCUCCAGAGGGAAACUGAGUCCCAAGCAGAACCAGGUCUGCCCUCCAAGCAAGGAGGAGCUGAACCCCCAGCAGAGGAAGGUGCCCACCUCACCCACGGGGAAACCAGCCUCCAGCUAGAGGAAGGUUUGACUCCCAAACAAGAAAAUACAUGCCCAGAUGGCACCGAGGAUCCCCAUCCUACAAAAGAAAACUGA